UUUUUAUUUUUUUUUUGAUUCGACGAAUUCUAAUAAAAUGGGUUUCUCAUGCGGCCAAGAUGGAUUCAGGAAACGUUCGUAAAGAAACGAUUGUAAAAGUGAGAGGGUGGUUAAGGGGAAUUUGGGAAAUGAGACGUCGUGCUGGCCCAGUUCAACAAUGGGUUGAUUCUAUUCCUUCACCCAUGGCAACUGUUUCACCUAGUAAAAUAAUCGAAUCGAAGGAUAUCGACAAUAAUUCAACAAGUCCAAUUCCCACACUUCCAAACGAAGAAUCUACUCUGAAUGAAGAAUUAAAACAUCCAGUCAUGACUGCUUCAACGCCUAUAGCUGUUCCUAAUUCGCCAAUAAUCACAAUGACUGGAGUGAGCAAUUCCCUUCCUCACCACAGGUUGAUGAGAGAUCCCAGUUUACAAUCAGACAGUAGUCAAUGUAGCAGUGUGGAAAGUCUUCUAGAAUUGAGAAAAGCGGAUCCGGAAGCUGUACUGUUGAGUCUUGGUUUCGGUGGUUGUUCAAACAGUCCACAGGAAAAUGGUCCACUCUCCCGGAUACCUAAAAGGUUUCUGCAACCAUCAAAAUUGAAAGGAAUCGCCAUAACUGAUUUUGUAAAACAGCAACAAGAAACGAACGAAUCUUUGGAUACAGCUUCUCUGGGCUACAGAGGAUUAACAGGCUCGCCAUAUGUAGCGCCUUCAGAAAUUGUCCAAAAAAUUAUGGAGCGCCUACGAGAGAAUGAAAGUCAUGAAUUGGAGUCAUACACGGGCUAUAAUAUUAGUUUCGAGCAAUCUCCACAAGAAGGAAGGCUUUCUGUGUUGUCUCCAGACAACAGACAAUUUUUGGACCAACCGCGUUCCAAAAGUCCUGAUAUGCGUAACAAGCGCAUGAUUAUAGGACAAAAAUCCUUCGCCUUUGGAUGCGAUGGAGAUUUAAUAGAAAUUGAUUCAUCCCAGAAACGUGACUCCAACUCGACCGACAUCGAUUCAUCGACUUCCAGUAUAAAUGAAGCCAACUUAAGCCCAACGGACGUGAUGAAAGUGGGACCAACUUAUAAUGACUCCAAGGACUCGAUAUUGAUAAAUAAUCAAACUAUUAACAAAAGGUUUAGAAACCUCCACACGCAGUUGUCGAUUGACGAUAGUGUGCACUCAAAUCAAGAUUGCAGUUCUAGCGUAAAACCAUAUCAUACAGGAAAUGUUUAUAGUUCAAGUGACUCAUUGAAAAAUCAAAUUAUUAAGGAACAUAAGGAAUUGAUAGAAAGUAUGGAUAGAAAAUCGCAAUGGGGAGGAUCUCUAGAUCAUCAUAAUUUACCCAACCUCUCUCGUCGAUCGAGCGAAGGUUUUUCAGAAACAUUCCAAAGACCUUUCGCAUCUGAAGGCAGAAGAUUCAGCGAUAGCGCGACCCAGUCGGAUGGAAGUGGUGAAACUCUGAUAUUUAGCAGGAGACGAAGUUUCAGAAGACAGGCUAAAAUCAGAAGCGAACAAUUUGAAGCUUUUGAGGAAUCUUUCGAUUCGAAUGAUACGGCAGAAAAUGAUCAAUCUUCAGAGGCUUCUAGAGCUGAAUUUUUAAAUGGAGAAAAUCACUUAUUAAGAACUGAUAAUCGACCGACCCCUUUACAAUUGGUCACAAAUAUUCGAGAUAGAGUGUGUGAGAAAGUCUCGGAAAUGGAAGAGACUCUGAACAUAGAAUUGGAUGAAGAUCGGCAAUCAGAAACUGAUGAGACAUCUAGAACUUCAGCUGUUGGUGAGGUUGGUGAAGAAGAAAUAGAAGACAAUCAAUGUUGCUCGGAAAAUCGUGAUCUCUGUUGUCAAAGUGAUAAACUCGGGCAGAUUUGUAAACAUGACGAGAAUCACACGGGUUGCUGCUAUCACGACAGCAGUGAACGAUGUUGGAGAAAAAUGGAAAAAAUUAUACAAAAGAAUAAAAAACUAGAGAAAAUGGUAGUUAAGAGUAAAAAAGGAAUGGCGGAGAUUCGGGAUAUGCUGAGCAGCGUUCUCUCCGUCAGAAUGGAGCCCGGAUUUUAAAUUAAAUUUAGGCGCAAUUGAGAAUUUGAGCUUGGGCACAGGGUAGUUAGAAAUUUUCACUGUAAUCAAAGAUAUAUUAGAUCGUUGAACAUUUUUCAGUUUAUUUACAAAAUUAUUAGAAAAAGAGGCCUAAAGGAUUUUUUUUAUAGGAUUUUAGUCCUAUUUUAUUAUAUAAAAGCACAAUAUAGGCACGGCACUUGACAUAGUUUAUAUAUAUUUAUAUAUUCAAGCUUUUUUUUAAAGAUCUGAAGUAUUUUAAAAUGAGAAUAUUUAAUUAUCGACUAUCGUGAUACGAAAAAGCUUUAUCUGUAUCAGCAUUUACAGAAUUUAUUUUAUGGAAAUUUAUAUAAGGAAAGAAUGAAAUCUUUAUUAAGCUUUUUUAAAAAAGAUAAUUCUUUGUUUUUAAGGGACCACUUAUAAUUGUUAAGUUUAAUCUGUAUAAAAUAUUUAGCAUAAAAAGCAAUCCUGAAAGCGUUAAAUUGACAGAACGCAAAAUGAUUUAUAAAUGUUGAAAACGCAGUACCUAAGAUAAAUUGAUUUGAAAAUAUAGUUUAGAAUUGAUGUUGAUAUUGAAAAUAACUUUCUGUGAAAGUUUAAGUUGGUGAACUUAUAAUUAUGUAUUUUGUAGUUUAUAUAUAUUUUUGAUAUUACUUCACAGUCAGUUUAUUGACGAAUUCUAUUGUCAUUAAUAUUACUCUUUUUAAGAAUGCUUUUAAAGCGUAUAUUGACCAAUAUUUUUAAAAACUUGGCACAAGUUUUUUUCUUGAUAUGUUUAAAAAAUAUUAUCCUACAAUGCGCAAUUUACUCGUAUAGUUCCUCAAAUCUUUAGGCCUAAAAUGACCAAAUGCUAAUCAAAUUAGGGGUCGCACUUAAAUUACCUAACAGAUCAUAAGCUUUAUUAUGAUUAUUUUUUAAUUCCCUGAUUUUUCUUUGACCAAUUUUUCAUGUUCGCUAAACAUUAACAUUCAAAUGCCAGGAUUAUAAUUUUGUAAUAUUUUUAACAUGUGAUCUUUUAUAAACGGAAUAAAACAACAUUUCAGAUAAAAAUGUUAAAUUUUCAACUUUAUUUGUUUUGAAAAAAAAUAAUUUUCUGCUAUUAAAGAAGUCAUUUUUUAAAAAUACUUGAGAUUUUAACAAAAUAAUUUAAUUUUCAAUCUAAAAAGAUUAAUUCGCAGCAAAAAAGUUUGAUAGUUAAUAACUCAACCAAAAAAGGCGAAAUUUCAUUUAAAAAAUUAAUUUUAAUAUCAAAAAUACGAAUUU